GGAAGCUGGGCGGAAGAGGGGGCGGUUCCCAUAGUAACCGCAGGGGCCGCCAUGUCCUUCAAGCGGGAGGGGGACGAUCCCGGUCAGCUGGGGGUGCUGCAGAAAAGACGCGUCGCGGACCUGUUGGCCAACUACAUCCCUGAGGAUGAGGCGCUGCUGCUGAGGAGCGGGAGGUACGCCUGCACGGUGUGCGCCCACCGCCCCGUCUUCGACACGCUGGAUGUGCUGACUGUCCACAGGGCCGGCAAGAAGCACACGGGCAGCCUGCAGCGCUUCUACGGCAGGAAGCGCUCGCUCCAGGAUGCAGCCCAGAAGCGGCGGCACAAGGAAGAGGUGCAGGCAGAGGAGGCAGGCACGCAGGCCUCCCCGGCCCCUCUUCUGGCACAGACGAGGAGGAUCGCCCGGAGCGCUCUGCUGAAAGCCGCUCCCUACAGCAGCUGCUGCCGCAGGACGGGGGUGGAGGGAAGCACCUCGCGAGCUGGUGUGACCCAGAUGGGGCCAAGUGCCACCCCGACGCUGCCGGAGCCGUUGCGGAAGGACAGAGAAGCCGUGGACGCCAGCCCUGCAGCCCUGCUGCCGGGGCACCGCGGCGGGCGAGCAGACACGCUGAAGGCAGCUCCAGCCCGGACACAGCGAAGCAGCAAAGAAAAGCCCUCAUCGUCGGCCCUGAGCCGGCCCGAAGCCCUCAGCCCCGAGAGACGCCAGGCCCUGGAGCGAUACCUGCAGCUGCGGAGCGCCGGCUGGAUCCAGGACCGCUCUGGCAAGUGGGUGAAGGACGAGAAUGCCGAAUUCGACUCCGACGAGGAUGAGCCGCCCGCGCUGCUGCCGGCCUGAGGCCCCCGUCUGCUCACCGGUCCCCCCGGGGAUGGUCCCCCCGGGCUGCCCCCAAGCCCCACCGUUAAUAGAGGCCACUGGAGAGGACGGAGCUGUCUGAGCCGUUGGGGCAGGUCCCGGGGAGGGGCGAUAUUGGGGGUCCCCGCGUUUUGCCGCCGUGGGGUGCUCAACCUGGUACCUUUCUGGGGCGUCCCCACCCUGGCCAGAGCCCUGCAGCGCUGCCAACCUCGAUGUUGGCUGUCCCUAGCCCAGGUCACACUCGUUUUCUCACACACUGGCAGCUGCCUGCGGGUCGUGGCCUUUCGGGGUGGCGGUGCUGGGUUCCCCCCCUCCUCUCCAGCCCAGGCAGCUGUCCCGGUGCUUCGGAAAGCACCGGGCUACGCCGCCCUCCCCCUGCCUCAGUUUCCCCCCCCUCCUUUUCCUGCCAGGCUUUGGGCGCCUGCGGGUGCUCCCACAUUAGGACUGUCGUCUGUGGGGCUGCGCCCUGAGCACCCACCACCCACCCAAGGGUCUCUCUGGGCCCCGGAGCCAGAUCCUGUCCUUGGGGGGGGCUCUGGCAGCGCUGCCCGGGGUGAUGUUACCCCUGGGCACCGGGAUUUACCCGCUCGCUCCGCUCACGCCUAUAAAUAGGUGAUGGGACCUACAAAUAGGCCCUGCAUCCCCCCACCCACCUCACCGGGCUGCGGGUGCUGGUCCCCACGGGCCCUGGGUGCCCAGCUCCGUGCCAUGGGGGCACCCGGCUGCCCGCCGGGGGGGUUGCCCUGCUGCCCCCACCCCUCCUGGUGCCGUAACCCAAUCCCCCGGGUAUAAAUACCCCGACCCGCUGCUCCCCGAGGGGAUCCAGGCGUCUGGCUCGGCCCUGGGGAUUAACGGACAAAGGGUAACGGGGGCCUCGAGCCCCGCAAGUGGGGGGGUGUCCCCGCCGCCUCCCCGGCAGCCUUCCCCUCCCUCAGCCCAUCCCUGUGGUCCCCGAUUCCGGCCCCAUGCACGAAUCCUGCCCCGGGACGCGUCCGAGCGGAUCCCAAAGCCGCGACUCUCCGUCCUCUUUAUUUACAGCGGCCCCAGGGAGCUGGAGCUCGUUUGUGCCGGGGCGGCCGUUAGGUUUUCUUCUGCUUGCGACCUGGGGUAGGAGAAAGGGGGGGGGAGUCAGGGCUGGGAGCCCCCACCCCGAUUCCUGUGCCGGGAGGGGACGCGGGGGACACUCACGGAGCUCGUUGUUGUUGGUGAUGGCGAUGGCGGCGCGGGCGCGGGGACCUUGCUGCGUGAAGUGGUAGCCGAAGCGCACGACGGAAUGGCACUGCUCCAGCAUGGUGGCCAUCUCCAUCUCCACCGUGUCGCCCAGUCGCUGGCACUGCGGGGCCGGGGUGAAACCAGGCACGCCGGGAAGUUUGGGGCACCCCCGUCCCCUCCCCGGGCCACCCGCGGGUGCCUGUCCCCUACCUGGUUGUCCACCUUGAGCUCGCUCAGGGUGGUGUUUUGGUACAUGGCCUUGAUGAUGCUCAUCAUGCCGGCGCUCGUGAUGAAGUUGGAUUCGAUGUU